AUGGACCAAUCUCAUGAAAUCUUCCGUACAAAGGCGAUAUUGGAAGCGAUCCUCCUCCAGACCGAUAUUCGUACGUUACUGACGUCUGCAACACGGGUAUGUCGCUCCUGGCAUGAUAUCAUUCAAGACUCUGCCAGUCUUCAAGCUACUCUUUAUUUCAAGCCAGGCAAAGAGCCAGCAUUCUUUCUCAAGCCUUCCGAGAGCGGAGUCCGGUGGAGCUAUUGUAACCACAAACGUAUCCGGAAUCCUCUUAUUGAGACGGACAUAUGGCCUGAGUUUUUCCGAAAACGCCUCCGCUCUCCAUCGGAUAGAUCCUGGCAAGUAAACGAGGAGUUUCCUCGCAUGGAUCCCGACAAAGAGAAGGCAUAUCUGCGAGAAGACGCUAGCUGGAGGCGAAUGCUUCUCCAUCAACCACCCACCUCGCAUCUAGCCCUUAUUGAGGAGAAUUCCUAUGCGUCUUGUCCGGUAGUUUCGCAGAUCCGAUUUCACGUCGAUAACAGUCAGUUUAGGACUACAGAUGAUUUUGUCCGUUUAGGUCACCUGGGCGAUGGAGUUGACAGCGGCUACUUGAUACCAGGCCGAGAUACGCUGGUGUUUUAUGAUAAAGGUGGAAGGGUUACAGAUAGAGAACUUAAGUAUGCUGAGCACAGGGCAGUGGCAACAUCUCAAUGGUUGAUUCAGUGUGACGCCGUAAUUUUCUGCUAUCUGUCCAACUUUUGUGAACCGCGUCCUUUUGAGGGUCUUGGAGUCCUCACCUAUGUUGACGACUUUCUGGAAGAACUUGGCCGUGGACGGCAAGUUCGAGGCCGCCGUCGUGUGGCAGUCUUGAGGGAAGACAAGGAUCGUUGUUCGAGCCCAGACUAUCCCGGGAGGUAG